CUUACUGUAACCUCUGUCGUCUCGAUUAAGAUCAAGGAUAUCGAGAAGAAACGUAUCUCAUCAUUCUACACACAAACCCACCCCUCGAUCAUGGAUAUGCUGAAGAAGCGACGUCUCGACGAGAACGGCAUCGGUCUCCUCCUCAACAACGACGGACACGUCACCACAACAAUCUCGACCCGACUGACCCCGCACGACGCUCGGAAGCUCAUCGACCGAUUCUCCACCGACCAGCUCCUCGACGUCCUGCAAGAGGCCGUCGCCCGGCACCCCGACGUCCUCGAUCUCGUCAGAUCGACCGCCGACUCCGACGUCUCCUUGAGGAAGCUCUUCAUCCGCGGCCUCGCGGCGGAGACGACGACGGAGAGUCUCCGAUCGCUCUUCUCCGGCUACGGAGACCUCGACGAAGCCGUCGUGAUCCUCGACAAGGUCACGGCGAAAUCGAAAGGGUACGGGUUCGUGACGUUCAAGCACGCGGACGGAGCUCUCCUCGCUCUCAAGGAUCCGUCUAAGAAGAUCGACGGGCGCGUGACUGUCACGCAGCUCGCUGCGGCUGGGAAUCAAGGUGGGACGGGGACGGCGGCGGGGGCGGGGGGUCGUGUUUCUUCGGAUGUAUCGACGAGGAAGAUAUACGUGGCGAAUGUGCCGUUUGAUAUGCCUGCGGAUAGGUUGUUGAAUCAGUUUCUUGCUUAUGGAGAUAUUGAGGAAGGUCCUUUGGGUUUUGAUAAAGUCACGGGGAAGUCACGUGGGUUUGCUUUGUUUGUUUAUAAGACUUGUGAAGGUGCUCAGGCGGCGCUUGCUGAUCCCACGAAGGUGGUUGAUGGGAAGCAUCUGCAGUGUAAGUUGGCUAUAGAUGGGAAGAAAGGAAAGCCGCAGGGACAAGAUGGUGGCGCUGGGGUUGGAGGGCAUGGUGGUCACGGUGAUGGUCCUGGACCUUAUAAUCACGGUGGACCUGGUGGGAUGGGUCCUUACGGUGGAUACGCGGGAGGACCACCGCCGUAUCACUUGAACUCCACGCCAGCUUCUAUGGGUGGUGGUGGUGGUGCUGGAGGAGGUGGUUAUGGAGGUGCAUAUGCUGGUCAUUAUAGUGGAUAUGGUGGUGCAGGAUCUGGGGGUUAUGGAUCAAUGGGUGGUGGUUAUGGUGGGCCAGGUGCUGGAAGUGGUCCGUAUAGAAUGCCGCCGAGUUCUAUGUCUGGUGGUGGUUAUCCAGAGAGUGGGCAUUAUGGGCAUUCGUCAGCUUCUGCGUAUCCUGGACAGCAUCCGCCUGUUGGUGCCUCCCCAGUGCCAAGAGUUCCUCUUGGAGGAAUGUACCCCAACGGUGCACCAAAUUACUGAAUGGUUUGUGACACGGAGAAGAUGCAUUUUGUGCUUAGUGGUGAUUACGUGAUUGCAGCUUCUUUAAAAAAUCUCUGGAUUGAUGAAUGUAUUACUGCUUUGACAUCUGUCUCUCUCUCUGCACUUGAACUGAAUGUGCCCUUGGCUUCUGAAUGCCUAGUUACUCUAUGACUGAUUAGUCUAGCCUGUAUUUUCUCUCUUUCAUAGGCUUAGUUGUCAGAUGAAUGGUCUUGUUUGUCAGAUUAGUGAGUUUUCAAUAACAUUUGCUGUAUUCUUCUCUACUAUGUUUUCUGGUUAUUGUUCCUUUUCAAUC